AUGGAAAGAUCACCAACUAAAGAAGAGCUCCUGGCUCUCCUACAGGAGGCAACAUCUCGUGCUGAACAAGAAAGAUCUCGCGCUGAAGAGGAAAGAUCUCGUGCUAAACAGGAAAGAAAUUGUGCUGAGCAGGAAAGAAAUCGUGCUGAACAGGCUGAAACACACAUUCAAAAUUUAACUUUUGCGGAAUAUCUGCGAGGCACCCAUGACUUGAUAUCAAAGCCCUUGGCUAUCCAAACCAAUCUGGCACUUACAACCAAAGGCCCUAUCACUAGUCCAACCGGUCGCAUCUGUCCUGAAUACCUCGAACCCUUUGACUUCCGCGAAAUGUACCAAGACCUCUUUGAUGAGAUUUACCAAAUUUUUCAAUCUCCCACACCAAAGCGACUGUUCCCACCCUUAAUUGUCCUGAAAGAUAGAGGACAACGGGCAUGCGACCGUGUCUUGGCAAGUGAAGACGACUUGAUGAAACAUCAACAAGAUGAAGUGGAAACUCCCGUGAAAGAAAUCAUUGACAGGCUACGGGAAAUAGCCCCAGAUCGAUUUCCACUUGGUGAAGGUAUAAUGAUUGAAAAUCAUUCCAAUACCAUCAUCGAGGACCCAGAGACGAUGAAAUCUGCACGACCUACAACAGACAGACACUGCGUCUAUCAUCGCACUAAUGAUGUCCGAAGCUUACUUUAUAUGAUUCAAUAUAAAGCUGGUCAUAAGCUUACUGAUGCAUUCCUCAGGGCGGGCCUUCGGCCAAUGAACAUGCUGGAGGAAGUUGUUCAACAAAUCAAGAUUUCAACAGAUCCUGAUGAAAAGCUCCGCUACCAAGCUACCUAUCUAUCAUGUGCUGCCCUUACGCAACACUUCCAAGAUAUGAUCAAGGCAGGUUGUGAAUGGGGUUGUGUGUCGAAUGGCCACAUGAAAGUCAUUCUUCGUAUUCCAGAAGACAGACCAGAAACCCUGCAGUACUCUCUCCUCGAGCCCAGUCGAGAUGCUGAGCCAAAUCCAGAUGAUGGUCUUGGUUUCCGUUACCCUUACACAGCUGUUGGUUGCAUGUUAGGGCUUACGAUAAUAGCAUCCCGAUCAAUGCAACGCGGCCAAGCUUGGCGAAACGCUGCUACGAAAACGCUGAGCAGAUGGGAAGUUGACUUUGAGCAUGUCCUUAGAUCUAUCCCAGAAUCCGAACGCAAGGCAAGCCCGCCAGGCUCAGCCUACCGAGGACCUAAGUACCCUAUCAAUCCUCGAUCGCCUUAUCUCACGCGACAACGUCGGCUAAUCCUGGAUGGCGCUCCUUCUUUAGAAUCGAACAGGAGCCCAUCCCCCGACUCGUCAGAUAAUGACACACGCCGAAAGCAUAUACUUUCUUCCCCCAUCGAGGACCGAGGUAAACGCCAGAGAAAGGCUCCAGGUCAGACAUUUAAUUAUAUGUUUUGCACACAAUCAUGCCUACAUGGACUGUCAUCACAAUCCGAGUUCGAUGAUAAUUGUCCUAACGUACAUCUUCAUCAGAAACACUCGAGUGAUCACCGGCAUCCUUUGUCCCGCUCCACAUUAGUCGAGUGUAUUCGGCACCAACUGGAUCGUGAUAUAGACUCUUGCUAUCCUCUUGGACAAGAAGGCUUGCAUGGAUCCAUCUUCCUGAUAUCACUGCAAAGCUAUGGCUACACAUUAAUUGGCAAAGGAACCGAAUAUCUGUCCACCCUGGAAGGAUCUAUCUACCAAAAGUUGGAAUCUGUACAAGGGCGUGCUGUUCCAGUCUACCUUGGGGAUAUCAACCUGCAAAAUGUCUAUUAUCUUGACUCCGGGCGUGAGAUCAUCCACAUGUCACUUAUGGCAUGGGGAGGGGAGAUACUCCAGCAGGCUGAUUACAUAUCACGGGGGCGAGAAAUUGAAUAUACCCAGAAUGAAAUCCAAAGUUUGGGUGUUUUGCAUCUAGACCUCCAUAUGCCUAAUAUGCUAUGGAAUGCGGAGGUGGAACGGGUCAUGUUCAUUGACUUCAGCCGGGCAAAAAUCAUUGAAAAGAAUCGAAAACGCAAAAGGUCAACCAGCCCAUCCGCAGAUGAGUCAAAACGGGUUGAUGCACAUCGCCAUCCUUUGCCAAUUCCUAGGAAGGUUGAGCCAGCGGAGUAG